UGUGGCAGAGGGCGCGUGUGACGGCAGAGAGGGGGAGGACCCGCGCGCACGCACGCACCCGCGCAGCCUCCGCGCUUCUCAGGAGUAGAGGAGCAGCAGCGGGGGGACGCGAUGGACGUGAUUCUGCUGCUGGACCUGACCGAACCGCUGUAAGAGAAGAUGGGCUGCAUCGGAUCCAGAACCAUCACAGCGGAUGCGGUGCCGGUGCGAAAAGAUGGGGAUCAGCAUGGCCGUGCCGAGUUUUCUUGGGAAGGAAUCAAUCUGUCCAUGGAGGACACCACGUCCAUACUGCCUCGUCUCAAGAGGAAGCCCAACAAUAGUUAUGGGAUCGGGGCCUUGGCUAAGUCGUCUCUGUCAGGUGUGUCAGGUGUGACCCGCUCAAUGAAGGACAAGGUUACUAAGCCCACUGCCAUGGCCCAGGGCCGGGUUGCUCAUAUGAUCGAGUGGCAGAGUUGGGGAAAGCCCUCAGCCGGGCCCAUAGGUGGCGCUGGCAGAAGCAACCUACAGAGGGAAAAAGAGAGGAGGAUGGAGAAUGAUGCUUACAGCGACCUGAGCGAUGGAGAGAAGGAGGCUCGCUUCGCUGCAGGAAUCAUGCAGCAGUUCGCCAUCUCAGAAGCUACUCUCUUUGGCUGGAACUCCACGGAUGGGGAGAGUAUAGAAGCUGGAUCCAACCAGGGCAGCAUGGCACACCUGAGUGAGGUGAACCAGGAGAGCAUUACCAGCAGAGACCAGGUACUUCACCACUCUUCUGCUGACGUCUGGCCUCACACCUAUGUAUCCCAGGGCCUGUACUGCCUAUCGUCCUCAGAUGCCUGGGAUCCCAUCACCAGUCAGCCGUCUGGCUUGGCUUCGCCAGCCGGAGGCUCCUACAUCAUGGCUGCAGGCAGUGGUUCUGGAGCAGGCGGGACUCCUGGUGAGGGAUAUGAAGGGACUGUUAGCAGUUACCUUCAACAACACCAACUCGCGCUUCAGCAGCAAAACCACCUACAGCAGCUUCAGCAGCUCCACCACUACCAGCAGCAGCAGCUCCUGCAGUACCAACAGUCUUUGGAACCCCGGCUACACAGUGCCUCACAGUCCCUCCAGGUGACACCCAACAGCACCAUCCACAGCCUUGGUCCACCCACGCAUCCUCGGCUAGCGGAUCUUUGGGGAGCAGCCCAGGUGGAAGCUCACCAGGUGGAGAUCCUCGGGCAGCUGAGUGGUCAGAUGCUGGAUCUCGUCGGAGGGAUGGCUGAAAUGGUCAGCAAAAACCAGGAACUAGAAGAGUAUGCUGCGCAGCACGAAGAGGAGGAAGAAGUGACGAAGGGAGAGGAGGUGACGUUAACGCUGGAGCCUGAGCCGUGCUCCUUGACUCCGUCUCCACUCAGAGAAGACGCCCCAUCAACCAGAGGUUCAAGUCCAGGACUGCCCACCCAGUUCACGGACUCUGGAUCCGAUAGGAUACCCUUCGACGUGAGCCCCUGCGUGGUACGAUCAGUGGACGAGAAAGACGAGGAUGCAGAGGAAGGUCCCGCCCAUGUUGCUGCAACUAAUUGAGCGACGUGCUCUGAGACUGAUAGAGACAGGAAACAAAUACAUAUAUUAUAUUACAUCUACAAUAAUAGAUGCAAUAUAACAAAUGCAUCUACUUUUCACGCCCGUCCCUCACAAAUGUGGGAGUCAAUAAACAAAUGCCAAGAAGCCCAAAGUGAAAGAUUUUGGGAAAUGAGGAAGAGCUGGUACAGGAAAGACUGGUGGUUUCGAGAUUUUACGGUGCAAAAAGACAGAGGUGACGCAAACAUCAACGAUGUGGUGGGACAAGAAACAAUGAUGUGUACCUGAAAUGUCUACUUAAUGAGGAACACAGGGCGUGGCUGAGCAAUGUCAGAUGUUUCAGAGCUAAAAGCGGCGCUAAGCUAAACGCCACAGUGGAGUAAACAUACUUUAAUACUGUAUAUCCCUCUGCUUUAGCCAAACUCCCAACUGGAUUUACUACCCAACAGACUAGUUGAAAAUCAAAAAUGACCAAUUUCUAAGAUGCCAAAAUAGAUUGGCUAACUGAAGUGUGUUUGCUCCCAGAAAAUUAUGGUUUGGCAUAAGAUGACAUUAGUCAUAACUGAGUCAGAACACUUGGAAAUAGAUCUAGGAGAGAAUGAGAGAGCAGGAAAAAGUGUUUAUUAAAGGAGUCGUGAGGAGCAAUUUACCCUACACAAGUAAGCAGCUUCAAGUUCGCUGCGGAAAGUGGCAUCUGAUCCCACCAGAGUUGUGACCAGUUUAUAAGAGGGAUGCGGAUAUUACUGACAAGAGGAGCACUCCUCACGUGUUCCUAAUGAGGACCGAAGUCUGGCUCCUUCACAGCUCCCCGAAUCAGUUCAAAUGUGAACAUCAAGGACCAGCUCUCUACUUUGGAGGCAAUGGUUGUUGAUGAAAUAUGAACUGGUUCUACCCUUAACUGAGCAAUAAGACAAGGUCUGAGACAGAAGAAAUGAGCCAAGCCUAUCACUCAUUUGUAAUGUGGACGAUGAUGAAAGUGGGUCUGACUGUUGACUUGAGGGUUGUUUUCUAUGCUGGACUCAGAAGAUUUAACCUUUCGCCAGUCGGAGCUCAAUAUCUCCUGUGAUUCUUCACUCAACUCAACUGGAUGUCAACCGAGCGAUCGUCUGAAGGACCACGGUGAUGAUGGAAGGUGUCUUACAAAUAACAAACUGGACAAGCACAACUUUCAGUCUCUUCACAGCUGAUCAUUACGACCCACAGCCCACGGCCAUAAGAGAGCAGGAACCAUUACUGCAAACUGGAGCGCUUCACUUCAUGACCAGAGUGCAGUAAACUCAGAUCACACAUCAGUGUGUCCUGCAGAGUGUGAAGCCGUUGCCUUUACAGCAUGACGAAACACAUGCGAUUGGUGACCAGAUAAGUGUGAACGAGAAACGAGAAAAGAUGGAAAAACUGCAGUGCAGUCCUGAGGUUGCAUAUCGCCCCCCCUCUGUCAAAAAAAAAAAAAAUUACAUGUCAAAUUUCCAAUCAGGACCCAGGUACAAUGCAUGCUUCGCCCAGUGACUGAGCCCUCACAGUAUAUCAAGGUAUACAAAGUAAUAAUAUAUCAUUUUUUUAUAAUAAAAGAAAAACAACACGUAAAUAUGUAUUUGUAUGAAUGUAAGACUGUAUGUAUGUAAUAUGUAUGUAUGAAAGAAUGUAGCCUUGUGUGUAAAGAAAAACACUACCUGAAAAUGAACUGCUUUGCUCUGUUUCUUUU